GGGGGAAGGAGGAAAAAGAAGUGGAGACGAGGAAUUGCGCCGAGUUGGGGAGAUGGAGAGGAGCAGGAGCACGGUGGUGGUGACAGGUUUUGGCCCCUUUGGAGAACACACUACCAAUGCGAGCUGGGUUGCUGUGCAGAGGUGUUGGUUUUAUUGAUGUCUUCUAAGCAGCAGAGCCCAUUGCAGUCUGAGAUGGUGCUUCCUCUCUUGCCUCCAUCAGAAAUUAAUGUAUUCAAGUGCCUCGGAAGAACAAUACAUACUUCAGAGAGUUUAGUGGGAACUACAGAAGCUUGGGUUGGGUGACAAAGUCAAUCUAUAUGUGUAUGAGAUUCCAGUGGAGUACCAGAAGGUCCUGGAUUUAAUCCCUUCUCUGUGGAAACGCCAUAAUCCAGAGUUAUUCAUCCACGUCGGAGUUUCGGGAAUGGCCACCACUGUGACUUUGGAGAAAUGUGGUCACAACCAGGGCUAUAAGGGGCUGGACAAUCGCUGCUACUGCCCGGACAGCCACUGCUGCGUUCAGGGAGGACCGGACUGCCUUGAAUCCAUUGUCGACAUGGAUGUCGUCUGCAACAAGAUCACAGAUCCACGACUAGACGUGGUUAUUUCGGUGUCAAAGGAUGCAGGAAGGUACCUCUGCGAUUUUACCUACUAUACCUCUCUGCAUCUGAGCCAUGGGAGAUCAGCUUUCAUACAUGUCCCUCCACUGGGAAAGCCUUACACAGCUGAGCAGUUGGGAAGGGCUCUCCAAACCAUUAUCGGGGUGAUGUUGGGCAUGUUGCAACAUUCCAACGCCAAGAUGAACUGCCUGGUGGAACACUGAGGUUUCAGGAGCUGGCCAAGGCGCAAGAGGACCCAAAAUCAACGUCAUAACUUAUCUUUCCAACCAGUUUUGGGGAACUUCCCUGGUCCCUGCUGCCAUUGUAAAGUUCACUUGUUUAGGAGUGGGGAGGGGCAAUUGAGUGAAGCCUGUAACGUGGUAAUUAUUGUAUCUUUUAGGGGUGGAGGGAAGUACAAAUCUCAUUUGAAGCCCCAAGAGCCAAGUCAGGGCUAAAAUGUUGAGUAACCAUUUCUUGGGCAUCUGUAAACUAUACGAUGCACAUAAUGCUGUGUUCACUCUGUGUAUGUUUUAAGGUUGUUUUCCAUUUAGCAAUUUUAAUCUGAGCCCAGGACAGCAUGAAUAUUUUUGACCUUAUAUUAUUUUCUGAUAAUUGUUUUGUCUUGUGUCUCUGACAGAUGAUCACAGAAACUAAACUUUGAGCACUCUGCUGAACGUCAUCCCAGAGUCUAAAAUAUUACAACUCCUAAUGAUGGAUGCACUUAGAUAUUAUAACUACUUAAAGACGUGCUCUCAGCCUACGUAUGCAAUGUUUGCUAUGUACUUCAGUCAGUCUUGCCUAGAUUUAGUAUUAAGUAAGGUGUAAAUCAAACUAACCACAGCUUAAGUACGUUGAACUAGGUUGACAUAAUCCAAGUGAAAUAACUUUUAGUUUAAUUCAGCUACUUAAAACCUUUGUUUUUGCAUUGUGGAUUUUGAGUGUCCGAGUAAAACUCAAUAUAAAAUCUUAGCUCACUUCCCUCAAGUACUGGUAAGUAUUGCCUCAUUCCCCAUCCCUUCUUAAUGUUUUUAAGGAACUCCCUACGGCCACAUUAUUAGCAGAGUAUUAUUGGAGUUCAGAACUAUUUCUAAAAGCUGCCCAUCUGCCACUUGCUAAGGAACAGGAUCUCCCCUUGGGACAAUGCUGGUUUCCCCAGGGGUUAACGAUGUUCUGCAACCAUCUGUCUAUUGCAGCACUCCAGCAGAUGAUGCUCUUCUCCACUGUGAACAUGUUUCUGUACGUUCACCUGGGUUAGAUUCCACAGGGGAGCUUUAACUCGUUGAGCCUUUCCUUCAGAAGGAAUUUGUUUAGCACUGAGCACCUACGAAAUGAGCCUUCCUCUUUUUUUUCCUUCUCCUCACUAUCCUUCCUGCCAGAGAGAGUUCCCAUACCUCAAUCGAUGUUGCACGUUGGUGUAAACAAAUGGGGACAGUGGGAUGUGCCUUUUUGUAACUGGUUCCGCAUCUGAAACUUGUUCAAACUGGCUUAGCAUCAAAGCUUUCCAGCAGGCGCAAAGGUCCCUCAGCUGGUUUGUCAUCGGAGGUGGCUGCUGCUUAUAGUGAAUGAGCAAUCUUGGGCAGAACUAGUCCACCCAAGGGGUGAUUGAAUUGAGAGGAGUGCAAAUAUUGGUGGACUUUCAAAAGGCUGCCAUAGACAUGAUCCAAAUGAGUCUCUCAAAAGCCAGUCAACUUGGCAUCGUGACUGGAGUUGAGACCUCAUCCAGAUGAGGGGUCUUGACCCAGAAUAUCAACGGUCAGUUAUCCUCCGCCGAUCAUGCCUGACCCACUGGCAUUCUCCAGCAGUUUGUUUCCUUUUGCUUGAGAGAGAUCCUGAUACGCUUCCUGAGAAGAAACAGAAAAUGUGGGGAUGGACUUUAAAGAGUGUGGAGAGAAGAGGUCAAGUCUGAUGACCCUUCAAGUUUUAUGGAGCUUCCCAAUGAUGAACCUUGGUAUUUUGAGCUGAGACUCCAAUCUAUGAUUUUGGAAGCAUAGCUUGAAAAUUUUGCAAGCAAAUUGGUCCUGCAAGGAUUUUAAUUGUAAUUAACUGAUUUAAAGAAUACUAGAUUUCUGAUACUAGGAAUGCAUAUUGUUUAAGGAAUUUCCUUUUAUUUUAGAAAUAUACUUACAUUUAUCUAGCGAUAUUAUUAUAGAUAUUGAGGUGCUUCAUAGGAGUAUUAUAGACAGUGUAACAGAGCAACAUAGGAUGUAGGGACAAGUGACCGAAAUCUUGAUUGACAAAGUAGGUUUAACAAAAUGGGUUUUACAGCUUGUUUUAAAAGGAGGGGUGGGGGGAUAGAGGAUGCAGUGAAGGAAGUCCAGAGUUCAUCGCCUUGACAGUUGUCGCUUAUAAAAGCGGAAUUAUAUGAAGGCAGAGAUUGGAGGAGUGGGUAAAGAAGAUGGAGAAAAAAGUUAAAAUAAUAUGCUUAGACCUCCUAGAUGUGCCUAGAAACUCCUUCAUUGGACAUGGCAAACCUCUGAUUUGUAUGUUAAACUCCGAGAAUUUAAAAUGUUUUCAACUGAGCUUGAUGUGUAAUUAAGUUAACAUAAUCAAUCUGGGUCUGACAACCUCAGCGCCCCCCCACCCCCACCACGUUAACUUCUAUUCCUUGAUGAAACUUGUCCAUGAUCACAUCUGUUUAUGUGAACUGGAGAAAGGAUGUUAUAUGAGAAUAGUGAUGUUAAUUGUUCUGUACAUGGGAAAGAGUAAAUAAUUUGUGUUUUGCCUGUUUUGAUCUCCAAGGGACUACAUCAUAUUAUUCGUUAAUUUGUCAUAUUUGUUCAUUUGUAUUUUCAUAGAAAAGCAAUUGCUUGUGGGCUGGGUUUCAGUGAAUGGAUCACAUUCUGGGUCCCACACUCAGCUCGUUGUUAAAGGGCAUGGGAAUUGUUAGACAAUGAAAGAUCAGGGUCUGUAUAAUUUACAGUGCACCAUCUUAAUGUUCACUAGUGACUUAGCUCAGUGAUCAGUGUCCAUUUCAAAUACUUUACCGUAGUUCCAAAGGGGAAUUUGUUAUAUCCAUGUGCAGAUAAUUUGCGGGGAAGGAACAGAGUAGGGUGUGAAGUUGGAUUCGACUAUUGAUCUUUUGAGAAUCUGUACAGAUGCCAUCUCAGAUUACUUCUAAAUGUUUCCCAAAAGUGCUUUAAUGAAUCAAUAAUUAAGUGCUUCCAACAUCUCCCAAGGGAGUCUCUUUCCUUGUUUCUGGAUUAUGUCCACAGUUUCCAGAUUUGUGGUUGCAUAACAAAAGAUUGAGGUGAGAGGAAAUAUUUACUGAAGGGAUAUUGCUGACGACCAUGGAUAUCCAAAUCUGCAUAGAAUAGAUUUUUGGCCAGCAAGGAAUUGCUUACAGGGAUUGGGCUGGAAUGUGGAGUCGAAACUGACAGGUGGAGAAUGGUUCGGUGAGUUGCAUCUCCUCCUAAUUAAGGCUGUCUUUGGAUUAUGAUGUCCUGCCAACACCAAAUGUGUUGGAUCAGAAGGAAUUAUUAAAGAUGGCUUGGGGAGAAGCAGAGUGUUCCCUAUAUUCUGGGUAAAAUUACUCAACUCGUUGCUCUCUGGGGUCCAAAAUGUCUGUCAGACUUCAGUUCAAUGCAAAUUUGAGUUCAGAUGAAGGAUCUCGACCUGAAAUGUCAACUCUCCAUUUCCCUCCAUAGAUCCUGCCUGACUCAGUGAGUUCCUCCAGCAUUUGUGUGCACUCUUGAUCUGAGCUUUUGCAGUCUCUUGUUCUCCGCCAUCUCAGUCCUGCGAUUAACUUGCACUGUGUGCAGGUCUUUUAGUACAGGUGUGCGCCGCUUAACAUCCGAUCGUAUAUACGUCCGUAGUCCCAAUCGGAGAACGUGACGUAGCGGACGUAACCAAUCUCGUGUAUCGCGCGUUUCUUGAGUGUAGUGGCGUUAUCUCUCUGUUUAAUUUUCUUUUGAAAAUAUUACCAUAAAGUGCAUCAUGGCUUCUAAACGCACCAAAACCACUCCUGGUGAUAGCAGCAGCAAGAGGCAAAGUAUAUAAUAUGGUAUUCGUACAACGUCCAAAUCACAUAGCGUCCGAUUUCACGGAACGUAUAGUGGACAUUAAGCGACACAUACCUGUAAUUCAUCACAAAUGAAUUACGUCAUGUGUAACAAUGUUCUUCUUUUACAUUCAGUUGAACCUGAGUUGAAUCUCUGAAAACACUUAUAGUACUAUUUUUUUUGAAGUUCAUAUUUCCCAAGAGAGCAAAAACAUGUUGGAUUACCAAAAUAGAAUUGGAAGUACUCAAACAAUACACACAAAAUGCUGGUGGAACACAGCAGGCCAGGCAACAUCUGUAGGGAGAAGCACUGUUUCGGGCCGAGACCCUUCGUCAGGACUCAGGACUCGGGACUCAUCAUCGACAGUGCUUCUCCCUAUAGAUGCUGCCUGGCCUGCUGUGUUCCACCAGCAUUUUGUGUGUUGUUUGAAUUUCCAGCAUCUGCAGAUUUCCUCGUGAUUGGAAGUACUCAGCCAAUCAGGCAGCACCUUUGGGCUGAGGAGCAGAUAUGAUGUUUCGGGCCAGAUCCUUCAUCAAAAGUUUUGUGAAGAAAUGGGUAUAAGUUGCAGAGACUGGGAAGGGUGGAGAGAACAGUGGGGAUGUCUGUUAUUGUGUAGAUAAAAAUUGGCAAGACAAUAAUUAUUUUAAAAGCAAUCAGGAAGCCCACAGAUGUUUCUUUGUUUGUCAUCUCAAACGGCCAUCUUUAAAGUAAGUAAUCUUACCAACUUUAGUCUGGAUCCAGCAUGAAGUUUUCCCUAUUCGUUCCUUUCCCCCUGCCCCCACCCACCC